GGAGUGAACUUCAGGUUUAUAUUGCGCGCGUUUUCUCUAAUAUUUUAAAUAUUUUUUACUUCUUUAAAGGAGAUAUUCUGGUCUGAUUGUUUUUUUUUUAGGGGUUUGUUGAAAUUAUGAGCCAGCGACACGUUUUACAAGUUUUUGAGCAGUACCAGAAAGAAAGACUAAAGUUCGUGCAGACAGUGGCAGAUUUUGCAACGAGACCUCAGAAUAUUGAAACACUUCAAAAUGCAGGUGUGAUGUCCCUCCUGAGGCCUCUCCUCCUGGAUGCGGUCCCGACCAUUCAGCAGACGGCCGCUCUGGCUCUCGGACGACUCGCCAACUACAACGACGACCUGGCCGAGGCUGUGGUUAAGGGAGACAUUCUGCCUCAGCUGGUCUACUCCCUGGCCGAGCAGAACCGCUUCUAUAAGAAGGCAGCGGCGUUUGUUCUCCGUGCCGUGGCAAAGCACUCACCCGAGCUGGCACAAGCCGUGGUAGACUGUGGUGCCCUCGAUGCUCUCGUCAUGUCCCUGGAGGAGUUCGAUCCUGGAGUAAAAGAGGCUGCUGCAUGGGCGCUGGGCUACAUCGCGCGCCACAAUGACUCGUUGGCUCAGGCGGUGGUGGACGCAGGUGCAGUUCCUCUACUCGUUCUCUGCCUCCAGGAGCCCGAGAUUGCCCUGAAGAGGGUCUCCGCUUCAACACUGAGCGACAUCUCCAAACACUCGCCAGAGCUCGCACAAACUGUAGUAGACACUGGAGCCAUUGCACACCUGGCGCAGAUGAGCCUGAACCCAGACACCAAACUGAAGAGACACGUGUUCUCGGCUCUCGGCCAAAUCUCCAAGCACUCUGUGGAUUUGGCAGAGAUGGUGGUGGAGGCUGAGAUCUUCCCUGCUGUACUGGUCUGCCUUAAAGACCCAGAUGAGUAUGUGAGGAAGAACAUCAGCACGAUGAUGCGAGAGAUCACAAAACACACCCCUGAGUUAUCCCAGAUGAUCGUGAACGUUGGAGGUGUAGCAGCUGUGAUUGACUAUUUAGGGAACUCCAGAGGGAACGUGCGAUUGCCUGGUAUCAUGAUGCUCGGCUACGUGGCUGCACACUCAGAGAACCUCGCUAUGGCUGUUAUUGUAUCUAAGGGCGUCCCACAGCUGGCUCUCUGUCUGGUAGAGGAGACGGAGGAUCACAUGAAGGCUGCAACAGCCUGGGCACUGGGGCAGAUCGGCCAUCACACACCUGAGCAUGCAAGAGCUGUGGCCAUGUCCAAUGUGCUCCCCAAACUCCUCAGUCUCUACCUGGACACACAGAGCUCUGGGGACCUGCAAGUCAAGGCAAAAAAGGCUUUAAAGAGCAUCCUUCAGAAGUGCACUUACCUUCCAGCACUGGAGCCGCUCCUCUACGAAGCUCCCAGCAACGUUCUCAAACACGUCAUCUGCCAGUUCAGCAAGGUUCUUCCACAUGAUAGUAAAGCACGGAGGUUGUUUGUGACUAGCGGAGGAUUGAAGAAGGUGCAGGAAAUUAAAGCCGAGCCCGGUUCCGCUCUGCAGGAGUACAUCAACACCAUCAACACCUGCUACCCCGAGGAGAUAGUCAGGUACUACUCUCCAGGAUAUUCAGAUGCACUACUGGAAAGGCUCGAGAACUAUCAGCCUGUUUAGGAUGAGAAGCUCAGCUCCAUGAUUAGCACUCUUUACCGCUCUGUUAAAUACACUUUUUUAAAACCAGGGCGCUGAAUUGAAAUGUUUGGCAUUUACAUUUAAUCACUAAAAUCAUGUUGCAGCACUGUAUGUGAUAUAAACUGUCAAACGUGACCUUUUAAAAGUUGAAUUAAAUUAGAGGUAAAUAUAUGCAAAUGUAUACGACUUUUAUCAAAGUAAAGAUCAGUGUUUUUGUUUUA